AUGUCAUCUGCAAACCUGUGAGUCUUCACUGCCAUUGCUACAGAUGGACAACAGCAAUAAUGCUGAUAGUUCUAACGAAUCACGCCAGAAAACAGCCUCUGGUCGGGUGAAUUGCGGCUCACCAUCCCGUGGCAGAUCCUCAACGGCUCGGUUCGGUUCUUGGCAGGUGUGUGCCAAUCUUUCAAAAGCAAAACGCAGGGCAGCAUGACUAACUGACCGGUUGGACUGUAACAUCACAGGAAAUCCGAAGCAAUGCCUUCCCGUUAUUCCAUGGCUCGGUUCGGUCAUGGCUCGGCUCGGUGGAGUGACCGUCGUGUUGGCAGGUGUGUGCCAAUCUUUCAAAAGCAAAGCGCAGGGCGGUGUGACUAACUGAUCGAUUGGACUGUAACCUCACAGGGGAUCCGAAGCAAUGCCUUCCCGUUAUUCCCAAGUCAUCGCCAACCCGAAUCGUCGACGCUUGCUAUUCCACGCUGCAAGAUUCAAAGUGGAAACUUGGACCCCGCCGCGGGGCUGUGCAACGGCACAAGACUGGUGUCAACUCGGUUACACACCCACCUGCUCGAGGCCAUCAUUCUCACAGGAGAGCAUGCUGGACAGCCAGUUUUGUUGCCACGGAUCACGCUGAAGACAGGGUCAUCAGCUGAACUUCCGUUCACUCUGCAUCGGACGCAGUUUCGAAUUCGGCUGGCAAUGGCUAUGACGUUCAGCAAGUUGCAAGAGCAGUUGGCACUUGCGCAGGUAGGAGUGUGUCUGGAGACGCCCGUCUUUUCUCACGGCCAGUUGUAUGUGGCGUUGUCCUGA